UGUAUCCUAUAGUCGACUCGUCAAUAAUUUACAGCUUGAUUGAGAAACAAAAGUAGCAGGUCUCUUUCUUCUUCCAUGGCUAUUCUUCUUCUUCGUUCUCUCAUCUGAUUUCCUUUUGGUUUCCCUCAAUGGAUCGAAGUUUACAAGCACUUGUUGCAGCCAUUUCUAGUUUCUUUAUAGUCUCCGUGAUAUUAGCUUUGCUCAUAUUGAUCUGUAAAUCAACCAAAAUAAGCCCUCCUCAAACCCAAACCCGAUCCUUAAUCCGAACCCGACCCUCCCCCAACCCUCCCGAUCUCACAACCUGCGACAGCGCCGCCUUCGACCCCUCCCUCAAACGCCUUGACAUGGCUGAACUCGCCGCCGCCACCAAGAACUUCUCCUCCGACCUCAUCAUCGGCGACGGCAGCUUCGGGUACGUCUACAAAGCCACCCUCUCAUACGGUGUCACCGUCGCGAUCAAAAAGCUCGAUCCGAAUGCCUUCCAGGGGUUCCGAGAAUUCCGGGCCGAGAUGGAAACCCUAGGCAAGCUCCGUCACCAAAACAUCGUUAAGAUCCUUGGGUUUUGCUCUUCGGGCGUCGAUCGGGUAUUGAUAUAUGAGUUCAUUGAGAGAGGAAGCUUGGACCAAUGGCUGUACGAUGAGGAAGAAGAAGAGAACUCCGUCGACAGUUUAUCGUUAUCUUGGGAAACCAGGAAGAACAUAGUCAACGGGAUUGCUAAUGGGCUGGCUUAUUUACAUGGGCUUGAUACGCCCAUUAUCCAUAGAGACAUCAAGGCUAGCAAUGUCUUACUGGAUGCCGAUUUUGAGCCCCAUAUCGCCGAUUUCGGGCUCGCUCGGCAAGUCCAAGAGGCCCAUUCACACGUAUCGACGCAAGUCGCCGGGACAAUGGGUUACAUGCCGCCGGAGUACCGGGAAGGAAAUACCGCAGCAACGGUGAUGGUCGAUGUCUACAGCUUCGGAAUAUUAAUGAUCGAGAUCGCCACCCAAAACCGACCCAAUUGGCCUGUGAGGUUCGAGGGUAAAGACAUGGGGCUGGUGGAAUGGGCUAGUAAAAUGGUAGCCCAAAAUCGAGAAACAGAAAUGAUAUAUCGAAAGAUCCCAAAUAAGGAGGUGAUCCAGCAAGAUGAGGUGAAGGAGUAUUUCAGAAUUGCAUGUAUGUGUACCAAUGAGCAAACCAAAAUAAGGCCUGCCAUGACUCAAGUUGUUGAGCUGUUGAAUCAAAUUUCCUCCUCAACUACCAACAACAAUUAAUUGGUCUAGUGAGAUAAGGUAUUAGAUCUCUUAAAUAAGAUUAAUAGUUUGAAUCCCGACGAUUGCGAAUAGAAUAAACUAAGUUGGGGAUCGCCUUUACCUCUACACUAUCUGAUCCUUAUUAGUCGAUCAACAGAUCAGAUACAAAUGGUUAUACCAAAAAAAUUUCCUUAUCAACUUGCAAUUGGUAAACUUCCCCCAUAACAAUGCUAUAUUAUUUUCUCAAGAUGUGAAAUAUUGUAAGUACCUGAUUAACAUGUAGGCAAAUAUAUUUUUAUAUAUU